GUCUCGCCCGGAAGGCCGGUACCUCCCGUGCUCCACCUCCUCCUCCUUCCCUCCCUCCCUCCCGGCAAGGCCGACGACGCGCUAGGGCUCUCCCCUUCCGUAUCAUGGCUGCUGGUCGGGGCAUUAACCAGCUCCUCAGGAGAACACUACAUAGUCAGUCCUCUGGCUCAUCUCUGCUAUCCUCAUUCCGGAUAAAGCAUGAAGAGUCCUCUGCUGGACUCAGAGCAUUGGCUCUUCUUGGAGUUGGUGCUUCUGGUCUUUUAAGCUUUGCUACAAUAGCAUCUGCAGAUGAAGCUGAGCAUGGUUUGGCAGCAGCUGACUAUCCCUGGCCACAUGCUGGCAUUCUUAGCUCUUAUGAUCAUGCAUCUAUUCGGCGUGGACAUCAAGUUUAUACACAAGUCUGUGCUUCUUGCCACUCCAUGUCAUUAAUUUCAUACCGUGAUUUGGUCGGUGUGGCCUACACUGAAGAAGAAACAAAGGCUAUGGCUGCUGAGAUUGAGGUGGUUGAUGGUCCUAAUGAUGAGGGUGAAAUGUUCACACGUCCAGGCAAGUUGAGUGACCGCUUCCCACAGCCAUAUCCAAAUGAGCAAGCAGCCCGUUUUGCAAAUGGUGGGGCAUACCCCCCAGAUCUCAGUCUUAUAACAAAGGCAAGGCACAAUGGCCAGAACUAUGUAUUUGCUCUUCUUACUGGUUACCGCGAUCCACCUGCUGGUGUUCAGAUCCGUGAGGGUUUGCAUUACAAUCCCUACUUCCCUGGUGGCGCCAUAGCUAUGCCCCAGAUGCUUAUAGAUGGAGCUGUUGAAUAUGAAGAUGGUACUCCUGCUACUGAAGCCCAGAUGGGUAAGGAUGUCGUUUCGUUCUUGUCAUGGGCUGCUGAACCUGAGAUGGAAGAGAGGAAACUGAUGGGAGUGAAAUGGAUCUUCCUACUGUCACUUGCACUUCUCCAAGCUGCAUACUACCGUCGCAUGAGGUGGUCGGUCCUUAAGUCGCGCAAGUUGGUGCUGGAUGUUGUCAACUGAGUGACCACUGUUUCUUACUCUCAUUAAAAUGUUUUGAGCAUUUAAGCGGAAGCAUUUCAAAUAAUGAGUAUGAUGUACAUUCUGUGACUGGGAUUUCCCAUGCCUAGAAUUUUCUGUUUUCUUCCACUGCUGCAAAAGCAUUUUCCUCAUGGGAGCAGUUAAAUUUUUUUUCAGUGUUGCCUCGAUGGUAUCAGCAAGCUUCUAACAGAAUUGCUAAAGUUCAUAAAUUUUAUGUUUUAAACUGAGCGUUAUUCA